AUGAACAAGAUCCGAAAGUUUUUCCGAGGAAGUGGGCGAGUCCUAGCAUUUAUAUUUGUAGCUUCUGUCAUCUGGCUGCUGUUUGACAUGGCAGCUCUCCGUCUCUCAUUCAGUGAGAUCAACACUCGGGUCCUGAAGGAAGACAUCGUCCGGAGGGAGAGGACAGGGUUCAGGGUUCAGCCAGACCAAGUGAAGAUCCUUUACAGCAGCAUAAAAGAGAUGAAGCCCCCACUGAAGGGACAUGGGAAGGGCGUGUGGGGAAAAGAGAACUUUUUUAGAAAGACUGAGGAGAGUAAGCUCAAGGUUGAGGAUGAUUUGGACCAAACCCAGAAGGAAAGAAAAAUGCAGAAUGCCCAUGGAAGGGGCAAGAUUGCGCCUUUGUGGCGUCCUGCGUAUCUGCAGACCCCCUCAGUGACUUCUACUAAGUGGAAGACAGAGGGGCGAGACAUCAGACCUCAGAAUUCCUCUCGCCAUGUGACACCAAAGCAAACGACAGCUCAGGGGGCUCAGAAAACCCCAUUCAUAGCAGCAAGGGGAACUGUAUUGCCCAAAAUACCUACAUACACAGGACCUGUUGGUAUAAACCAGGAGGCCCUGAAGAGUCAUCGUCUCAGCAGUGGCCCAUUGAAACAAGCACCUGAGAGGAGCCCGAAUGUGACCAUCAGUCUUAAAAUAGACAGAUCAAAGCAGCAAUCCCAGGCAGUAGCACAUGAAAGGACAUCCCCUGCCAGCCCACCAGUGCCAAAACCCAGGGAAGCCAUAGCCUUAAAUAAAACUGAGACUCAGAGCAAAGAACUAAAUGCAAAUAAACACAAAGGCAGUAAGAACCUUCCCUUUUCCAAGUUCACUGCCAAUUCAAGUCGCUUAAAGAAGCAAUCUAUUAAUGAGACACAGUUCGGAGGCUUGCCAAAGCGUGACGGAGCCAAAGUGGCUGAUGGGAAGAAACUCAAUUUGUCUGAAAGCCAUGUUGUGAUUAUAACCAAGGAGGAGGAGCUAAAGACAGACACCAAAGAGGUCCCCAAUUCUAAAACCAAAACUGUAUUUCCUGUCGAAUUGGGUGAAAGCCAAGGGAAUCACAUUACCAGGAAUAGAAGUGAGGCAUUUUUCUCUUCAGUUGCUCUACAGAGAGCAGUAGUGUCUCAAACCAACCAAGGCUUAGCUGGGGGGCUGAAGCCAACAAGAAUUAACUUAACUGCCAAGGCCCAGCCUGCACAACUCAACAAAAGUCAUAUAAAAGCCCUUUCACCGGAAGACCAUGGAAUGCACCGUGUGUUAAGAAUUGAUGUGACACUUUCUCCAAGGGACCCCAAAGCUCCAGGUCAGUUUGGACGUCCGGUAGUUGUUCCCCAUGGAAAGGAGAAGGAGGUAGAAAGAAGAUGGAAAGAAGGAAAUUUCAACGUCUAUCUCAGCGAUUUGAUCCCAGUGGACAGAGCCAUUGAAGACACAAGACCUGCUGGGUGUGCAGAGCAGCUAGUUCACAAUAACCUCCCAACUACCAGCGUCAUCAUGUGCUUUGUGGAUGAAGUGUGGUCCACUCUCCUGAGGUCGGUUCAUAGUGUCCUCAACCGCUCUCCCCCGCACCUCAUCAAGGAAGUUCUACUGGUGGAUGACUUCAGCACCAAAGACUACUUAAAAGGUAAUUUGGAUAAAUACAUGUCUCAGUUUCCAAAAGUUCGGAUUCUUCGCCUCAAAGAGAGACAUGGCUUAAUAAGAGCCAGGUUGGCAGGAGCACGGAAUGCCACAGGUGAUGUGUUGACAUUCUUAGAUUCUCAUGUGGAAUGUAAUGUUGGUUGGUUGGAACCUCUUCUGGAAAGAGUUUAUUUAAGUAGAAAGAAAGUAGCCUGUCCAGUAAUUGAAGUCAUCAAUGAUAAGGAUAUGAGUUACAUGACAGUGGACAACUUUCAAAGAGGCAUCUUUGUGUGGCCCAUGAACUUUGGUUGGAGAACCAUUCCUCCGGACGUUGUUGCAAAAAACAAAAUUAAAGAAACUGAUAUAAUAAGAUGUCCUGUCAUGGCAGGUGGAUUAUUUUCUAUUGAUAAAAAUUACUUUUUUGAACUUGGAACAUAUGACCCUGGGCUCGAUGUUUGGGGUGGAGAAAAUAUGGAGCUCUCCUUCAAGGUGUGGAUGUGUGGGGGUGAGAUUGAGAUCAUUCCCUGUUCCCGAGUGGGCCACAUAUUCCGAAAUGACAAUCCAUAUUCCUUCCCCAAAGACCGGAUGAAGACAGUGGAGCGGAACCUGGUGCGGGUGGCCGAGGUCUGGCUGGAUGAGUACAAGGACCUGUUCUACGGUCAUGGGGAUCACCUCAUAGACCAAGGGCUAGAUGUCGGCAACCUCACCCAACAACAGGAACUUCGGAAGAAACUAAAAUGCAAAAGUUUCAAAUGGUACUUGGAGAAUGUUUUUCCUGACUUGAAGGCUCCCAUUGUGAGGGCAAAUGGUGUGCUUAUUAAUGUGGCCUUGAGUAAAUGCAUGUCCAUUGAAAACACCACAGCCAUUCUGGAAGACUGUGAUGGGAGUAGCAAGCUUCAACAAUUUAAUUAUACCUGGUUAAGACUUAUUAAACAUGGAGAAUGGUGCUUAGCUCCUGUCCCUGAGAACGGAGCCCUGAGGCUGCACCCUUGUGAUAACAGAAACAAAGGGCUAAAAUGGCUGCAUAAAUCAACAUCAGUCUUUCGUCCAGAACUGGUGAAUCACAUUGUUUUUGGAAACCAUCAUCAGUUGCUAUGCUUGGAGGGAAAUUUUUCUCAGAAGACCCUGAAAGUUACUGCUUGUGACCCAGUGAAGCCAUAUCAAAAGUGGAAAUUUGAAAAAUAUUAUGAAGACUGAAGAAGAACUGAUGUUUUUAUCUAUAAACCCACUAGACACUGUGAAAAAUGAUGGUGAACUUGGU